CAAGCCCGCUAAAAACCGGCCCGGCCAGGUACGGUUUUGUUUUCUCUCUCACAACAAACUUAACCGGUAGCAGCAGUCUCUUGCAUCGUCUCAGCCGUGAAGCAGAGAAAGGAAAAAUAAAUAAAUAAAUAAAUAAAAUGUCGGAACCGGCGGCGACCAAACCGCAGCCACUCCCUAUAAAAUCUGAAGUCGGCGUCACAGAGAACUCGGCCGACGAGAGCUCGAAGCGGCCGCAGAUUUCCAAAGUGGUGGUUUUAGCCGACCUCAACGUCGACCCUCCUGAGACUGACGACGACGAUUCCCUCCACGUCUCCGCUCCCGAUCUCACCAGGUUGAUCAAUGAUGAUAGCAGUCAAGAUAAAAGUACCUUAGCGAGCAAAGACACAGAUAUGGUGGAUGGAGAAGGUAAACGAUUAAACAAAUUGGGGAAGCCCCGUUCAAGAGUUACUAAGGUGGAGUACCCUCUUGAUUAUGGGGCUGAUGCAGAUGCUGACCAGCAUGGUCAAGGGGCUCCCACAUCCCGUGAGGAAAAAGUCAGCAGUCUUAAGACCGGUUUGGUACAUGUAGCAAGGAAGAUGCCCAAAAAUGCUCAUGCUCAUUUUAUACUUGGAUUAAUGUAUCAGAGGUUGGGUCAGCCACAAAAGGCAGUUUCUGCAUAUGAGAAAGCAGCAGAGAUCUUGCUCCGCUGUGAAGAAGAGAUUGACAGGCCAGAGUUGCUUUCACUAGUUCAGAUUCAUCAUGCACAGUGCCUUCUUCUAGGAAGUUCAGGUGAUCAUAGCGCAGACAAAGAACUUGAACCUGAAGAAUUGGAGGAAAUUCUUUUGAAAAUGAAGGAUUCAAUGCAAUCAGAUAUUAGACAGGCGGCUGUGUGGAAUACUCUCGGCUUAAUACUUCUUAGAACUGGCCGUCUGCAGAAUGCUAUUUCGGUUUUGUCAUCUUUGUUGACCAUUGCUCCAGACAACUUGGAUUGCCUUGGAAACAUUGGAAUUGCUUACCUUAGAAGUGGGAAUUUGGAGCUUGCAGAAAAAUGUUUUCAGAAUUUGAUUUUGAAAGAUCAAAAUCAUCCUGCUGCUCUAAUCAACUAUGCUGCAGUUCUAAUGUGUAAAUAUGGCUCGAUCAUUGCAGGUGCUGGGGCAAAUUCUGGUGAAGGAGCUUCUGAGGAUCAGCUUGUAGCUGCCAAUGUUGCAAAAGAGUGUUUGUUAGCAGCAGUAAAAGUGGAACCCAAAGCAGCACAUGUUUGGGCAAAUCUCGCAAAUGCUUAUUAUUUGAUGGGUGAUUGUAGAAGUUCUAGCAAGUGCUUCGAGAAGGCAGCAAAACUAGAGCCCAAUUGUAUGUCUACACGAUAUGCUGUUGCAGUCCACCAAAUCAAGGAUGCAGAAAGAUAUCAAGAUCCUAGUGAACAGCUUUCCUGGGCUGGAAAUGAAAUGGCUUCUAUACUAAGAGAAGGAGAUUCUGCUCUCAUUGAGCAUCCCAUAGCAUGGGCAGGGCUUGCCAUGGUUCAUAAGAUCCAGAAUGAAAUUGCAGCAGCAUUUGAAACUGAGCAUAAAGGGUUGAUGGAGAUGGAAGAGCGUGCUGUACACAUUUUAAAGCAGGCAAUAGCAGAGGACCCAGAUGAUGCUGUACAGUGGCACCAGCUUGGUCUUCAUAAUCUUUGUGUUCAACAAUUCAAGACAUCACAAAAGUACCUCAAGGCUGCAGUUGCCCGUUCUAAGGAAUGCAGCUAUAUGUGGUCCAAUCUUGGUAUCUCACUGCAGUUAUCAGAGGAGCCAGCGCAGGCAGAACAAGUAUACAAGCGAGCCUUGUCCUUGGUGACCCCUCAGCAGGCACAUACAAUAUUUUCCAACCUUGGGAAUCUAUAUAGGCAACAAAAGAAGUACCAAUCUGCCAAAGCAAUGUUUACAAAGUCACUCGAACUCCAACCCGGUUAUGCUCCUGCAUAUAACAAUCUAGGUCUGGUAUUCAUUGCUGAGGGUCGGUGGAAGGAAGCCGAAUUCUGCUUCAACAAGGCCCUCCAGGCAGACCCACUGCUGGAUGCGGCCAAGUCCAACAUGAUCAAAGCAGCGGCCAUGUCCAGAGUCUGUCAGCAUCUCUCCUCAUGUUCGCUUCAAGAUUGAUUUCCCUAAGGUCAUUAACUUUCCUCAAUCCUGAAACUAGGAUUGUAAAAUUUCACAUCAUGCAUCAGAAUGUGUUUGAUGAUUUCUGUGUUUUCUAUCAAAGUUCUUCUCUCAA